AUGCCGGCAUCAUAUCCAGGCAUCCUGCACCAAUAUGCCCCCCGACUCGUAGCCCAUGAAUUUGUAUCUCCCAACCAGACUCGACCCAAACCGCACAGUCUGCUCUUCGUAGGCGGUCUGACAGACGGUCUGGGAACGGUUCCCUACGUGACAGAGCUGUCCAAGGCUCUCGAAUCCACCGAGUGGUCGCUCUUCUGGCUGGUUCUAUCGUCAUCGUAUCUGGGCUGGGGCAUUGGCAGUCUAGACCAGGACGUCGAAGAGAUCUCACAAUGUGUGAGUUUCGUACGCAAGUACAAGAGUGCGUCGUCCUCCGACGGCAAAGUCGUGGUAAUGGGUCAUUCCACCGGGUGCCAGGACGUGCUGCAUUAUCUAUACUCUGCGAAUCCGCUGCCACAGCGUCCGACGGAUCAGGAAGUCGGGUUGAAUCUGCAACGUCUGGUGCGGCCGGUGAUGGACGGAGCGAUCAUGCAGGCGCCGGUUUCGGAUCGGGAAGCGGUGCUGCAUAUGAUGCAGACGAGUGCCGACCCCGAUGAGUUCCGCAGGAUUUACGAUCAACUGGUGGAUCUCGCCCGUCGACAGCCACCGACUGAGAUCCUGCCGUUGCAUUUGACGAGCAAGGUCGGGUAUCCCGGUACCCCACUCAAUGCGCGUCGGUUUCUGAGUCUCGCGAGUCCUGAUAGUCCUGUGAAUCCGGAAUUGGAUGAUCUGUUCAGCUCGGAUCUGACAGAUCAAAGACUGCGGGAGACGUUUGGAGCCGUGGCUGAGCGGGGUCUGCUGCGGUCGAAAUUGAUGGUAUUGUAUUCGGGUAGUGAUGAGUUCGCCGCCGGAUGGGUGGAUAAGGAGGCGCUGUUGCAGCGGUGGAAGCUGGCGACGAACGCCAACGGGAAGGAGAAAUGGGAUGAGAACAGUGCGGUCGUGCCGGGGGCCAGUCACACCGUCAAGGAUGAAGGGCAGACAGAUCUGAUUGCUCGCGUUCUACGUUAUCUGAGCAGUGUCUGA